UCUUUUCCUUCUGUUAACAACAUGUGAAAAACUCUAGUUCCAUUUAGAAACCUACUUGUUGAUCUUCCCAUUGGCAUCACAUACACGGAUGCCGUAGGUUACCCAGUAGGUACUGCCAUUCCUCCUGCUAAUAUUAAGACAUAGCAGAUCAUGAGCCUUGUCCUUAAUUAUGGAUGGAUUACUGCUGCUUUAUUAAACACUAGCCUUUAUUUUUUAUUUUCUUUUUUUUAUUUCUACGGGAUUCACACAUUUGUUUUCCUUUGUGGGAACUCUACCAUGCAGUUUUCCAGUUGGCUCUGCACUUUGGAGAACUGACGGCAGGUUUCAGCCUUCAAAAUCCCUAAAAAAUACAGUAGGGCUGAGGCAGUACUGGUGCAGCUGUGAGUUUUGCUAUGUGCUGUGUCAGCAACAAGGAGCAGAACUGUCCACUGACCUGACAAUGUUUCUGUGGUUUUCUUUUUUUUUUGCCAUUCAAGUGCUUUCCCUGUAGAAUUCAAGGAAACUCACAUUUUGUUUUUUCUGAUGAUGUGUCAAAUCCUUUUAAAGCAGUGUGGAUGUUGGCUGAACCUUCUGCAGGUUCAGUCUGUAAUGGCUAACCUGAGUGGAAGCCAAGGAGUUCUCCAAUGUCUAUUGUAAGUCAGGGGUCAUGUUGUAUAUGGAGCAAAAUACACAUAUAGUGACAGGAAGUAGAGUUCUCCCUAUGUUUUAAAUAAACAAUAGCAGGUCCAACUUCUAGUUAUUGGUGAUAGGAAGAUCUCUUUGUUCUGUCAGAUUUCUGUUUCCUGUGACACUCUAUAAGGUACAUCUCAUUCAUGUUUGCUGGUAUUAUUUGUAUUUUCUAAAUGUGUGAUGCAGCACAUUCUUAAAAAUAACCAUCAACUUUGUGUUUGUUUUCCAGAAAGUGCUGAUACUAAAUAAAGUACUAAUUUUGGAUUGCAGCAGCAGCCAUAAAAUAGGCACACUCAGCAAGAAAUCCAACAUGGCUGGUUUUUGGAUUUAGUGUCAUAGGUGAACUGAAGAAAGCACAAGUUGAUAAAUUCAAUGUACUUUAAAUCUGUAUGUUUAAAAACAAUUGUUCUAAAAAUUAAUAUAUUUUUAAAAAUUGCUUAUCACACAUUGAAACUGCUUAUUUUACUUCACUAUCCUUGGAUGAAUUUAUCCACAAGAUGGUUCAUCAAAACAGUAUAUUUUAUGGGCAAUAUAUUUGUAAAAUCCUAAAAGUAAUAAGAUAAUUAAAUUUUGGCUGAUGACUCUUCACAGGAAGUCCAAACAAGGUCUAUGAAAUAGUCCUAGAGCACUGUCAGUUUUCUGGCAAAGACACAGACAGUACAUGAAAAUAUUAAAGGUCUUAAUUUCUUAAGGGUCUUAGUUGGUCUGAAUUAAUGAACAAUUAUUUAUUACAAUGCAGAUAAUUUCUGGACAAUAGUAGGAGUGCAUUAGAAAAUGGAAUGUUGAAUAGGCUCUUCAUUGGCAUGGCAUUUUGCACGGUACUGAUUUGAAGAGCAGAUGAGAUUUUCAAAUAGUUAUUAUAAAUACAUUUAUACUGCAAUAGUCACUUUAAAAUCACUCUUCUGCUUAAAAAACCAGCUUCUGCCAAAUUAAUUUGUUUAACAGUCUUGGAAAGCACCAAAUUAAUGGUGUUUGUUUAUUUUAAUCAUCUAUGAAUAUUUGCUGCAAUAUGCCGUUGCAAAUUACAGAUUCCCAACACUGGCUCAGUAUUUGCAGACACCCUGACUUAGUUGCCCUAAUUUAUCGAGGGUGUGUCUUCCAGGCUGCUGUUGAAGAGGGCAGGCUGGAGAACAGAGUAAGAGCUGAGGCUCAGAGACCAUUUUUCUGCUUGCCUCAGUUUGGGAUGCAAACCCAAGCCUGCGACUGCAUUUGCAGGUAAAGGCACAGCUUGUGGAAAGCCACACAUCUCUCUUUUCAUCUCCUAUUGAAACUCUUAAUGUUUCUGGCUGUUGUAAUAGUUUAUGUGGAAGUGCCCCCAGCCUGUCUGCCCAAAGACUGGCUGCAGCUUCUGCAAUUGCUCCUCACCCACAAGCAACCUUCCUGGGAGCAGUAGCCUUCCUGCCAGGGCCCACUGCAUGGGGGAAGGACUUCCCUCUCGCUCUUUUUUUUGGCCUUUCUCCUUUCUCUGUUUUCUCUCUGAGAGUAAGCUUUGACCAGUAAUGCUGCUCUAAACUGCAGUCCUCCUGUUAUGACCAGGAAUGUGUAAAGGCAGCUUGCUGCAGCACAGGUGAGGACUAGGGGAAAAAAGGCAAGAACAUUCAUAACCAGUGGAGCGAGGCAGAGUAAAGAGCCUCCCCUCCAUGCACCUGGUGUGCUGUCUGCAGCAUUUGCGUGAAGCAGGAGUUAAUUUGACCAGGUACAUUCCUUUUCCUUUUCUUUCUGUUCUAGUCUAGACUUGCAAAAUACAAGAGUUAUUCCAACAAAAAUUUAAAAAAGGUCCAAUAGCUGACAGAGAUUAGGUUUUUACUGAGAAAGAAUAGCUAUAAGCAGGAUAUAGAGGCCCCUGCAAAUCUCCACAGAAUAUCAGGAAUUUGAGAAGACUUUUCUGUAUUCCUAAAAAUUCAACUCCAUCCAUGACUAGGAUAUUAAUUUUAUCUUUUGUAUUUUGGAGUAAUAAUUGAUGUGGGGGGAAAUUCCAUUUCCUCUCUUUUACAAGGGUAUUUCCACAGCUUUCAAACUUACAUUUAACAGCUGUCUGCUCUAGUACACAUGUACAAAACAUUUUCAGAACUAUUAAUAUGCGAUUGCUAUAGUAAAGGUUUGCUAAAGGUUUUUUGCACAAAGCCCACAAAUCUCUGAGUUCAUUGCUUAAUGCUCCACCAACUAAGAGGAGUGUUUCUAGCAUUUUGACACCUUCAUUUACCAUUCUUAUUUAGGAUUGUAAGGACUCAUUUAGCAAAACACUUAAGCAUAUAUGAAAGUUCAGUUACAUAGUUAACUGGAGCUAAUACCCUCACUGAUAUUAUAUAUAUAUUUCAGUAUUUUGGAGAACUAAUAAUAAGAAAUACACCUGUGAAGUAACAUCUAAAUAUUCUUUUCAGUUUUGAGAGUGUGCAAUGUGCUGAGAGCCUACACUGAACUUAAUGUGAAGAGUAUUAAGAGUAUUCUUUUAAUCCCAUUUUUUGUUUCAUUUCAUAAAUGUCACAUUUUACCCAUUUUCUUUCCUUCUUUUUUAUUCUCCUGUAGAAAGUUUCAGUUUUGAUAUCUCGGAAUUUUUUUCAGGUUUCUAAGUAGGUGGGGGCAUUUCCAACAAGAUAACUGAAAAAAAAGAAUAGUAGGAAAUCUUAGUUUAAUUAACUGAUUUUGUACAAAUGAACUAGCUGGAAUGACAGAGCAGGAACUAGGUGGGAGAAGAACAAUGGCAUGAUUACGCAAAACUAAGAAGUAAUGUAGGACUAGAUUCGGAAAGGAUUUGGAAGCAAGGAGUUUGAGAAUUUAGCUAGUAUUGGAAGUUAUAAGGCAUGUAAACAGGCUAAAUGCCCGCAAAUAUUGUGCUAUAAAAUAUCUUUCAGUUCUGCUAAUUUUAGCUAUCAGAGCAAUUGCAGGCUACAUUCAGUAGUGCCUUGAACCAUUAAUGGCUUUUGAAAAAGUAGUGAUCUUGCUAACUCUUUCCAGGUACAAGUGAGGAAAGGUUUAUAAAGGAGUAAGAGAGGUGUCUGGCAUGCUGGCCGUAAUUCGGAAUGUUAGAAAAUGGCUCUCAGAAAGGCGUAUUGGAAAAGAAAUGAGAGCAUUUAGCAUGAGAUCUUGAGAGGACUGGAAAAAGACACAAGAACGACUAUGGUGAUAUAAAACAUGAGAACUGUCAGUGUAGAAGAGAGUCUUUAAAGAAAAUAAAAGCAGAAUUUUGAAAUUACGCUCUGCAGAACUGGGAAGAGAAAAUAAAUACGCAAAGGAAAACUGGGUGUGCUUUUAAUGUAUAAAGGUGCAGGUGAUUUCAUAAUUAAGGAGAAGGAUAGUGAAACUGAACAACUGAAAAUAAGAUGAAAAAUUAAUUACCAGAAAGAAGAGUUUCAAAGUAAUUCUUAAUUUACUGAUAACUGAAAAGAAAUUGAAAGAGGAGAGCCCAGGUACUUAAAGAGACAUUACUGCAAGAAAGGUUCAAAAGUUUUACAUGCCUGAUGUGACUGUAAAUGCUAACACUUGCAACUGUUCUACUACAGGAAAAUUGUAGAAUUGUACAAUUUGUUGUUGUACAGACUUGGAAAGAUAGAAUGACAGAACAAAGUACCUUUGGCAGCAGAUUGUCUUCAUCGUUCUAGGUUAUUGCAGUUUUCAGGGACAAAAGUGCUGAAAAAUUGCCAGGAACCAGAGGAUGCUAAGGCAAGUGAUAAUCAAGAAGGAAGUAUAGAAAUGUGGUAGUGAAGCAGGAAAUAUUUUAAGCAACUUUGGGUCUGAGAAUAGUUUUAUAUACCUGGAGAACUAUAUGCUUGUGAGUAGAUCUUGCAGGUACUUCUCAAACAGCUGUGUGCUUCAGUGCUUCAGUGCUUUGCCCAGUGGGGCUUCCUCACCAAAAUAACUUGGGGCAUUUGCCAUUGCAGUACUGCAAAACUGCUUGGCAGAGAGGGAACUUCGCAAGGCUGAAUUUCUCUUUGUAGCUAUCUUUUCAUAAGAUACAGAGUCUUUGCGUGUUUGUGCUUGUUAAAUAUUUAUACUGUGACUCCUUACUCUCCACUGCAUGAGACCAUCAGCAUACUUGGAAGGCAUUUCUGACUGUCCAAAAGGAAGAGAACAGAGGAAAUUACUGUGAGAGCAUGACCUACAGUUGUCUGUAUGUCUGAAUAAGAAAAACUAUGUACAUAUUCACACAAUGACAAAGAAGUCAUUGGGGAUCAGCCGUUGGUAAUUUUAUCAGGAAGGAGCUCUAUUAAUGUGCAUCAAUCUAUCAAGCAGCUGUUAGGAAACCUAUUACUGUGGGCUGUUUUACUUUUUCUGGGUAAGUUAGCGCAUUUAAGAGAAAAGGAAAUUUAGAAAGAUGAUGUUGAGCUUCUGCACACUACUGACAAAUUAUACUAUUAUGCAUAAAAUUGUGUAUUUAGUGAACAUGUUAAAAGGCAGACUUUUUUUUUGUCAUUAGAUAAUGUAGGCAAUUUUGCAUGGGACAUCUAACUGGGAAUGAUUGGUAGCACAAGUAGUUGAAGCAUAGGAUUUUAACAUGAGCAAAGGUUUCUCUGAGUUUGAAAAUUGAGAUGAUAAUAGUAAUUAUAGAAUCAGUAAGGUUAGAAAAUACCUUGAAGAUCAUCAAGUCUAACCUUUGAAUGUUCUGGAGCUUUUGAGACUUCCAGAGUAUAUACUUUUGUGUGUUUGUUGUAAAUAAAUCUUUUUAUGGUAACAAAUAAUAUAAAGUUAUCUAAUAUUAAACAGGCUCGAUUCCAAUAUUUUCUUCUGUUAUAACUGCCUACUACAAGUGUUAUGUCACACAAAAUCCCCCACUGUUAGGAAUCACUGUUGAAUCUAAAUUCUGCAUGAGGUUUUUCUCUCCACAGACCAAAUGUUUUUCUUUGGUUGAUGAGCUCUCUGGAUAGAUUUUUCAUGGUUCACAUUAAGACUUUCUUGUAGGAGGCCAGAGGAGCCUGUGCUGUGGAGGGGCUUGUAGCAGUCGCAGCUGGCUGCUUGGAUUCGGGCACCUGGGCUCUCCACAAGUGCUGGACUGCUAUUUUUGAGUUGCUCCUCAUCCAAGCUUUGUUGAUCUCAGAUUUAUUGUGUUUUACAAGAUGGAUUGUCAGAGAACAAGUUCUUUAUCAGGCCCAUUUCUAAACAGGAAGUGUUUUCCUGGUGUAACCGAAGGACUCUGCAUGUGUGCUGUUCCAGAGACUAAAAUCUCAAUCUCUGCUCAGUUGUGUUAUUUCCCUCGAUUUCCCUGGAAUUUAGGUGCACUUAGUACAGAAAAAAUCAUGAACUUCUAUCCAGAGAAAUUGCUGUGAGGAUCUGGGUCUUGCUUGGUGUUCUUCCCUUGUAGAAGUGGAUGUGUGUGUGGUAAAUGGGACAAAAUGGCUGUCACUUCCCAUGUGAAAAGUGUCUAGAAGCUGCAUAUAGCCUAAAGCUGUUUUUUUCAGUUGCUCUGUUACGAUGCCUUCUCCAUUUAGUCUGUAAUCUCAAAGCAUUUCCUCGUAAUCGUGAGGAUAUUACGGCAAUUCCUAUUAGUAACGAGAUUUAAAAACCUUCCCUUCCCUUACAACUUAUUCAGAGGAUAGUAGGUGUACUGAAUUGAACAAAUGUGUUUUUAUUGUACCUAGGCCAACAUAGUUGAUGGACAUUACCAAAACAUGGAAGACAACUGCCACUGAUUAAUUUAUUGUUGUUUUCCACACGCUUCUCUGGAGCACCUAACUCCAUUAACUUUGAGUUAGGCACCUAAGUUGAGCACCUGAAUUUUCAGAGUAAUAAGCAUUCCUUACUACUUUAAUUAGAUAAAUGAUAGUGCUCACUAAAUUUAGUUAUGGCUAAAUGAGAAAAGUUCAAGUACCAAGGGUCUCCUUUGUAGUCCAACCCCUCAUUCUUUAUAACAGUCAGUUUAUCUCCUGCAGUAAAGGAACUGAAGGUUUCCUAGGAAAAAAAAAAGGUAUGUGGGGAUGUAAGAAAACUUUCUCUUCUUUCCUAUUUUAGACAAUAUGAAUUUGCAGCCUUAAUAGCAUUUUUAAACAAAAUAUCUCAUUGCAGAAAUUCCAUCAUACCAUGUCAUCCUGCCACAGACCAUGGGAAUGCAGCUCCACCAGACCAGCUGUGCUGUGCAGCUACAGUGUAGGUGCAUUUAGGACUAUCCUGAGAACAUGCAAGCAAGAGCUGAACCGUGUUUAUUUGUUCUGAAGGGAUGGUGUGUAUAUGGCCUGGUCAUACUCAAUAUUUAGAUAAUACUUCCAUUUGGAAAGAACUGAACUUUUUGGUAAAAAAGAAAUAGAAUGGUUAAAACUUGCAGAGUUGUGUUUUACAUCUUAAAAUAAGUAAUGCGAACAAUUAUAUAUUCUUGGGUGCAGGAUAUUAAAAAUUAUAUUGUAAGAGCAGCAUAUAUACCAUAAAAUCUACUUUCCAAGCUUAACAGAUUGGAAAAAAAAAUUAGGAAGAUCAAAAGGGAUGUAGAGUAUUUUCAGAUUUUACCUAAGAAAUUAUUUUAUACUGAUUUUUAAGGAUAUUGGUAGUAUGGAAGAUUUACACAAUCAAGUGAACAUUGCCAGGGGUGCAGACAUUUUCAAAAUAGUCUUAAUUGUCAGAUAAUAUCUCAAAGCCAAAAUACCUUUAUAGGAAGAUACAGUAAUUCCCAUCAACCUGUCUUUACUCAUGAACUGUAAAGACAAUGAGUGGGGACUGGCAAGGCUUUGCAUUUCGUGAUUAGAUUUUUUUUUUGGAGGGGGCAGUUCAUUAAAGUCUGAGAAUCAGAUCAGGACAGUAAAGCAGCAGGACAGGUCUAAGCAGGUUUCAUGCUGUUGCAGCAUGUACUUUGAAAACUGUUGCUUGUGAUGUCAGGAAAAAAAAGGUGCACUAAUCAAACUGAGACAUUCUAGAGAAAUUCUCUUAAAUAUUAUUCAUACUUUACCUGGAAAAAAAUCUGAAAUAAUUUGAAAGUAUGUUAAGAGCUUAGAUACAGUUUGGGAAGGGCAGUACUUCCUAAGCAUCUACUCUCCAGGUUUCUUAAGAGCCUGACUCAUUCUCUUUUUAUCAAAGGGAGAAAAUGGGCUAGUACAGGAGAUACGCUUUGAAAGGGACCCUGAGAUGGAUUUUGUUUAAUUAAAUGAUGUCAAUACAGAUUUGACUAUGUAAUUUUUUUUUGUUUCUACAUAUAGCUAUUGAUGUGGGAGUUUCUAAGAAAGUGUUUUGAUCAAUAGUCAUCUUCACUAGAACAAGUUUGGAAGUACAAAGCACUUCCAUUUUAUUAACAGUAUUUGAUCCAUGACUAAUUGCUUUUAUCCUGUGAAGCUGUGUUUCUGUAAAUGUAUCUUUAUGGUUUUAAUGAGCGUUUCUGAAGUCUAAAACUAACCCUAUAGCUGUAUGAACAAAUUCUCCAAGCACUAGGAGAUGAGUUUAGUUCAGUUGUUCAAUUUUCCCUUUUUUGUGUAUUUUUAAGGCUUUUAAUUAUUAAUAUAGCAUCUGAGAAACAUGAGGUACCCCACAGUGAAAAUGAGAAUACUGAUUCUUUUUGCAAGUAACUUACAUCAAGUUCUAGUCUGGCAUGUAACAGUGGUCAGUUUGCACAGGCUUCGCAGCUGCAUGAAAGCUUAAUUUCAGUGACUGAGAUUUAGAAACGGCAUAGGGGCUGUAAGGAGAUGAGAUAUAUUAAAGUGAAUCUUUUAUCAUUUAGCAUCAGUAACUGAAGUUUUGAAAAACAGGAAACUGUUUCAGGGUGGAGACUCCAAAAGCACCUACUGUUCUUUAGUGUAAUUGUGUGAAAUGCCUAUGUUUCUGUAACUGUAGUUUUCUGUAACAUAGUUGGGGUUUAUGUUUUGAAUGGAAGCCCUACCUCCCUCUGCUCCCCAAAAUGCUGUGUAUAAAAAAAUUUAGAGGGAAAUUUCCAGUGACCUAUUGCAUUGUUUUAACAUUACUUUUCCUAGCAAAGGCUGGUUGUCUUGGCAGUCAUUCAUAAUUUUGAAGUCCUUCCUAAGGAAGAUAAGGCUCCAUCCUCUUUGCAUUGGUCCAAAAGAAUCAAAAUGCAAUGGCUAGUGCUAAUUCUUGAGAAUAACAUUCUGAAAUUAUUGCAAGUAAAGAACUUUCAAUGCCUGAUGGAUGGCAAGAUUUACAAGGCCCGCAUUAAGAAAAUCUCAUGGAUGUUUGUAUGGCCAUCUCACUCUGGUCACAUAUUUUUCUGUAGAGAAGCAAAUAAAAAAAUAUUAGUGCCUCUCAACUGCCUUAAUUUUUUUUCCCCAAAGUAAUGCUAUAUCUCUGAUUAUUAUUGUUGUUGCUGCUAUUGUUGUUAUUGUUGUUAUUACUAACUCUGAUGCUUUACUACAUAAAAAAGUUGCUAGACAUUUAUAAAAAUAUGACUAAAAUAUAAAAUAAAAAAAUCUAGACUAAUAUGAUAGGAAAGUAAAUGUAUUAAACAGGUAAAAAAAAGUUGACCAGGAUAUUGAAAGCAAUUGUGUACCUGCAUCAGGGAGAUUAGUUCUGUGUUCUGUUGGAGAACUCACAUGACAGUUAUGUCAAAAUCAAAUAAGAUGUAGGUGAGUAUUUACUGACUUUUAACUAAAAAUAUUUUUCAACCAUUUUUUAAAGGAAACUGAAAUUGAGAUUGAUUUCUCCAUUUGCUUGUAUAUGUAUUUUAUGUGGUCUUUAGAGAACAUAGUACUUUUGAAGAUAGAUGUAGUUCAACAUGUAGAUACAUAGGUUCAACACUUGAGCUACCUAGAAGGAUUCCAAUAGAACUUGGAACAUUGUAGUAUUUUUUCUCCCUUUGCUACUACAGUUAAGUUUUUAACAUUCCUGGAUAGGUCAUUCGCAGUGAAUGUUUUCCAUCACAGUUUGAAUAGCAGCACACAUUUCCUUUGAGCUUAUUAGACAAGUCAAAUGGCAGUUUCCAUCAGAAACAGUAGUCCUUGGCCUUCACUUGUACAUGUACAAACAACUUGGUGAUACUGGCAUUCACCAGCAAAGUGAGAAAAACAUUUAUAAAUGAACAUAAAUGAACAUUUAUAAAUGAACCUUAAAUUAGCUGAGAUAGUUUAAGAUAUAAAUUCCCUGUCUUAUGUAGAAUGGGACUAAUAAGUUCAUUGUUGAAAUGAGUCUUCUUGUUAUGGAGUUUCUUCAUACUGACAAAAUAGAUGCAGAUAUAGUAUUUUUGUGGCACUAGGAAACAAAUUUUUGUUUUAUAUAUCUUUACUAAAAGACAUUAUAGAAGACAUUUUCAGGAGUAGUCUGCAGUAUAUACAUAAAUCGCUAAGUAAAAACUUUUUAGAUAAAGAAUUAUAAUAUAUUGAGAAUCAGAUGUGUAUUUUCUCCUUUACUUAGUCUAUAUGUCAUGUAGAUAUUAAUAACUUACUAUAUUGAUAUGUCUGCAUAUGUUUUAUAGAGCACAGAGCAUUUAUGUGUUUUAAGUAUAGGCCAUGAAGUUUUGUGUUGUAAGGAGUUUUAAAAUGUAACUGGGACAAAAUAUCCUUUCAAAGGGACAUAACAGAAUAGGGUUAAACUGCAGAUAUGAACACUGCAAUAUAGGAUAUCUGUAAGUGUCUAUAUGUCAACUCACACAGUUAGUGAAGGUCAGUAAAACUGGUCUAAUUCCUACAGCUGGAUGGAAUGUAUAAAAAAUAAAAAAUCAGUUUUUUACAUGGCAGUGAUUUUAGACCAUCGUUAGCCCUAAAUUCCUUUUUUUAAAAUAUUUUUUCUUCUGUCUUUCUAUAACUUGUUUUGAUUAAAAGUCAAAUAUAAAGGCCACAGACUAAAUACAAGCAGUUCCAGUGUUAUAAAUAUCACAGCAUAAUGAAAUGAGGAGGAUUACUUUUCUUAGCUGAAAACUAGCAAGAACUGUGCUUUAAUGAUUGAGAAUUCCUCUCAUUUCCAGUCAAAUGUUUCACAUUUCCUUGAAUUAAGUAGGUUUUGAUUUCUCAAACUGAUACUGUCUGAUUAUAUGAUAAUUGGUAGCUGGGAAGCUUUCAGGAAGUUUCUUGCUGUUUUCAGAGAUAAAAUGUUCAAAUUACACAAAUUUAUAUGCUUCAGUAUUUACCAGUAUUUUUUCUGCAUUGUUCAUUCUCCAUCUGGUUUUGACUUUAAAAAAAAUUUUGGUUUUCCACUGUUGAAGGAAUAAUAUUUGGAGUAAAGUAAGCCAAGCUGAAGAAGGAAGUCAUACCUCAAGUAAGAAGACAUAAUAUUCUCAGCAAAUACGACAUUAUUUAAAACAGUGCAUGAUGGACUUGGCCCGUUAUGUGCAGUCUUCGUCUUCCGCUAAAGCAACUGCUGGUGACUGUAGCUGUGAGUUAGACAUUGGACUUACAGUGAAUGUUGCUGAUGUGGCAAAUGAUCUGAUCCUCAGGCAGAUUUUGCCAGAGUAUGCUCUAGUCUUGCACUUCUGCCCUGAGAACGAUGGGUGUCUUUGUCCAGGUGGCCAACUUUGUCAGGACAAUAAAUCGAUGUUCUUUCUUCUCUGGCCGGGAGGAAGUGUGGAGGAGGGAAGAUGGUCUUCCUUCCAAAGGAUAUUUGCCUUUGCCAUAGUGAUAGAAAAAGCUGAUGAAAAAAAAAAGGCAAAACAGAAGGGUCAGAAAACUUAUGGCAAAGGAAAAAACAAUGAGAAUAUUGUAUAUGUCAGGACUCUGGUUGCCAUUUCGUAAACAACCUUCUUCCUAUUUUUGUAUAUUUUACUUGGAUAUCCUGUUUCUUUCUUUAUCCCUUGUGUGACACUGGGAUUCUGCGAAGGACUGAAGCCAUAGAAAGUUUUCAUCUAUGGUUUAUUUGUGGAGAUUUUCCUGCUAAAAUUGAGAAAUGUUUACAGAGUGAUAAUAGAUGUUACUAAAAUGGUAAAUGCCAACUUUCUUCCAGGAGAAGAAUGGAAAGAAAAUCAACAGAAAAUAGUGAUUUUGACUAUAUGCAUUAGAGAUUUACUAUUUCAUAUAUUUCAUUUGAAACAUCUUUACAUUUUGAGAUCAGUUUUGACAUGAUCUUUAAGUUGUUUUGCAAAGCCAACUUCUACUCUUUGGGUAAAGAUACUCUUUCUGAUAAAAUUUGCAAAUUUUUGUACUAUGGCAAAGAGCCUUCUGAGCUACAGCCAAGCUUGGUGCUUGAGCCCUGGGCUGAGUGGUGCAGCAUAGUAGGAGCUCAUCUAUAAAGUGUUUAAGAAUCAUAUUCCUCAUGACUUCAGUUACACCAAACCUUGUUAGCAAAGUCACUUUUUAGCCUUUGAGUCAUUCCAAUUUGCAGCAGUAGUAAAUGAGAUGCUUUCAAUGUUAAGAAAGGUAAGACCUUACACAGCUGAAGAGAACAAUGCAGUGUCUAAUAGUAUAUCUAGAAGAUUCUCUGUUCGAGUCCAUUGGGCUUUAGACUAAGCCAGAAUGAAAACUUAAGUAGGAAGGGGACAUGAUUAAUUUAAGGAAAAUUUUAGAGGCAGGUGCCAACAGGCAGCUUGUAACAGUUGUAGUGCAAAGUCACCGGAUGGCGAGGCAGCCAAAAUGGGGUGACAGGACUGUGAGAUGGCCUGGGAGUAAUGCAUUAGCAGCAAUUGGCAGGUUGUACAAUUCAAAAGUUUGACAGAGUCUCUGUGCAAAAUUGGGAUGCUCAGAAGAGCUCAUUUGAUAAAGUUCAGUGGCAUUCUAGAUUCAGGAAUGACUGAGAUGAUUAUUUUGCAGUUGCAUGGAGAAAAAGAUUUUGCAGUAGUAGUGCAGAGGAGAAGUGUAUAAAGCAGCAGAGUUGGUUUUAGAUUGGCAGAACAGAGCAGGUGAUUCCUGAGUUCUAACUGAACUAGUGUUAGCUAAUACUAUUAAUUUCUAUUUUUCUGUCUUGUUUAGAAUAAGAUUUUGAAAGGCUACAAGCUUUAGAAAUACAUAUCAGUAAAUUUGUAUUUCCAAAGCUCUUAGAUAUUUCUUUCCAUUUACUCAUAUGAUUUUUCUUGUAUUGAAUUAUGCUCUCAAAAACACAGAUUCAGUGCAAAGAGGCCAUCUCUCUCUGAGUCCCUGUGUAAGGAACUGUAUCACUUGUGUUUCCAGCAUUCUCAAGCUUUUAUCUUUUAAUCUGCUUUUGGCCAGUUUCAGAUAUGAGAUUCUGGCUUGAAAAAAUUCUGACUGGUUGCAGGUGUUUAUAUAUUCUGAUAAAAAUCUAAGUUUGAUUAACCAAAGCCUUAGUGGAGUGUCAAAGUCUGGAUACAUUAUCUGUCCAUCUCUGUCUCCUUAUAACAACUACACUGAUGAGCACAUUCAAACAGGAUUUGAAUUCUGAAACGCUGGUGGUGGGGGAAUCUGAGUGAGGUCAUUGAGAACUAGCUAGCGUCUGGCCUAUUUUCCAUGAUUCUUACUAGGAUUCAGAGGAAUAUUGAAUUGGCUGGAAAAACCCUCUUCCUCUUGCAAAAGCAGACCUUUAUGUCAAAAUUUUUGGUGUAGAGUUGCCUUUCUUUUAAUAUAUGAUGGAAAAGAUAAAAAGCAAAGAGUUCAGAACAUAAGGGAGAAAGAGCAGCAGCAGAACUUAUGUAUAAAAAAGUUUCCUUUUGGUGUAAGAAGUUAAAAAGUGUAACCUCCAAUACAAAAUAUGUAAUUUAUUUUAUAAUAUAUGUAAAUAAGAAUAAGAGAAUAAGAAUAUUCCCUAUAAUAGUUUUUUCUGCUGUAUGUGGUAGCACCCUUUGUUCUUUUAUUUCAGCUACUUGAUAAGACAAACCAGUUUUACUAAAUUAUGUGACAUAUUGAAGACAAUACUAUUUAAUAACGUUUCCAGAAUUUUAUUUAAUAUCUAUUUCCUGUUUUCCAUUUUUUCCAUUUUUUGUUCUUUUAUCUACUUGCAUUAUUUACUAUGUUUUGUGGAGCAACUGUAAGUGAUUCCUAGUUUGUCAGUAAAAAUGUUUAAGUUUUAGCAUAAGAACAACUUAUGGUGUUUGAAAGCAUUUGUUUUACUGCUCUUUCGAAUAGCCUCUCAUUAUGUGAACCCUGGAAAUUUAACAAAGAAAUUAGUGCCAGGGCUGACAUUCACACAUACCUUGAGUAGUAAGUUUCUCAGAGAAGAGCCUGUUAAAUUUAUUUCUAUGUAAAGCACUAUUAUAUUGACAGGAAUGGUAGAUUUCAUUUCUCUUUAACAGCAAGAUCUUAAAGCUGCCCCGGGCUCCUGGGUAAUUCCUGCAUAUUCCUAUGGGCAGCACAAAGCUGCUGUCACUGUUCCCAAACACUUCUGUGUGUUGUAAACCCAGAUGUGACAAUACAGCCUAUACUUGCUUUCACUCCAGGCUCUUGACAUUCCAUGUGCUUGAGGGAGCUCUCUGAAUAAUGUAAACAUUUCUCUUUUGAGACACAGGGAGCAAUCACAGCCAAGAUGAAACUGAAAGCUCUCAAUCCCAUAUGGAGUUAGGCUCGCGUUGUGUUUAACCUUCAGUGACCUUAAGGAGUUACCAUGAAAUUGUUGCAACUGUAAAUUGUUGUAACUCGGUUAUCCUGAGAUUACCAAGAAGUCACAGACGACUUCUUGGUUGGUUUCAUGUCCCUAUUUCUGCUAAAUAGAUCAUGACAGGAUUUCCAGUUUGCUCUACAGCUGUGUGCCAGAAGAGUACUAUUCACAGUCUAAUAGAUAACUGUGUCUGUCAGUGAAAACACUAACUUGGUCGUCUGAGUUUUUUCUUAGUUUUCCAUCUAAGAAAGCUUUGGAAGGAUAAACCGAAUCCUAAACGGUGUAUUGUACAAUACAAGUCCUGACAAAAACAGGUGAAUACCAUAAUAUGAAAUGCAUUCAUUGAAACAAUAAAUUUUACUAAGAAGAAUAAGAAAAUAAAAGAUUGAGGUACCAAGUCACCGUGCUACUUGAUAUCCUGCAUAGAGAAAGAUGUUACAGAGGGACAUAUAUGUACCUCAUGACUGAAGAACAGGAAGGAGAUGGGAAAUAGGGAAGUGACUGAUCCACAGGUGCAUUGGAGAGCGGCUGCUGUUAAAGCUUUUGAAAUGGAGAUUAUACCUGCUAAUAAAAUUGUUGCCCAGAUUGGAGAAAUGCUCAUACUGACAUGCAAUACCACUGGCUGCGCAUCACCAAGUUUUUCCUGGAGAACACAAAUGGACAACCCCCUUGGAGGAACAGUGAACAACCAUGGAACAUACUCUACCUUGACUAUGAAUCCAGUUAGCGUUGUGAAUUCUCAUGAUUAUCUGUGUACUGUCUUCUGUGAUAAGAAAGGGAAAAAAGAGAAGAGUGUCAAAGUUGAACUUUACUCUUUCCCCAGUGAUCCUAUCAUUGAGAUCAGCCCAUCCUCAGUUGCUGGAGAAACAGUCACUGUCAUCUGUAAAAUUCCUGAUGUGUAUCCUUCUGAGCACCUGGAGCUAAUCCUAAAGAAAGAGGAAGAUGUUCUUCAUGAAAAAAAUUUUUAUGGAGAUGACAGCACAAAUACAGAAACCAAAACUGUGACAUAUUCAUUUAUUCCCAUGGCUGAAGAUAUUGGGAAAGAGAUUACCUGUGUGGCCAGGUUACCAGUUCCUUAUAUGGACUUUAAACCCAAAGAAAGGGUAUCUUCUCAGAAACUGAAUGCCAAUUUUGGUCCACAAAAUACUAUCAUUACUGCAUCUCCAGGCAACUCAGCAAUGGAAGGAGACUCUCUAAAACUCACUUGUGCGACUGAGAGCAACCCUCCACCACAAAUAGUUUGGAGAAAACAUUUGGCUAACAAAAGCAUUCAGCAUCUGAUAAAAAACAAUGUCCUUUCUAUUCCCCAUGCCCGUUUCAGUGAUUCAGGACUGUACAUCUGUGAAGUAAUUAAUCUGGUAACUAAUAGAACAGAGACUGCAACUGUGGACAUUGUUAUACAAGGUGCUCCAGUCAUCACAGAGCUCUCAAUUGAGCCUUCUACAACAGUUCAAGAAGGAGAAAAUGUUUCCAUACAAUGUUCUGCUGAGAGUAACCCUCCUCCCAAGAUUAUUUUAAGGAGAAAAUCUGACAGUGCAGACAUGGAGCCUUUCAGUGCAGGGAGCAUUCUCCUUCUUCCAUCUGUGAUGUUCCUAAAUGGAGGAGACUAUGAAUGUGUAGCAGAAAAUAAGUUUGGGAACAGUAAAAGUGAAAUAACACUUAAUGUGGAAUAUGGACCAAAGAAUACAAUGAUCUCUGUUAUCCCUGCUACUGCUGUUAAAGAAGGAGAAACUGUGGUGAUGAAAUGUACUAGUUCUGGCAAUCCAUCUCCUGUGAUCUCUUGGAAGAAAAAGAAAACCACUGGGGAGUUUGAGAAAAUUUUUAAAAAUGCAACUUUAACUAUACAGAACUUAAAAAGUCAAGAUCUGGGGCUUUACGAAUGUGAAGCUUAUAACCAACUUGGCAAGGAAGAAAAAGCUGUGAAAUUAUUUGUUCAAGCAAGACUGGAAAACCCGGAUCAGAUGUUACCACUGAUUAUUGCAUUCUCCUCUGUAGCAGCGGUAGCAGUACCUGUAGUUGCAAUUUUGAUCUACGUGUCAAGAAAAGCAAAGAUAAAUGGAUCCUACAGUCUUGUAAAAGCACUCAGGUUGAAAGUGUGAUCACAUGAAUAUAAGUCUUUAGUUGAUAUUAAGCAAAUUUAUUUAUUGUUGUGACUGGUUCUACUCUUCUGGUAGCAAACAAGUGACUUAAGAACAGCGCCAUGUGAUAGCAAAUGGCUUUUUUUCAUGUUUUGAUAAGUGUUUUGGUAUUCAAAAUAAAGGAAAAGCUGGCGUCCUCUCCUAGAAAUUGGUAAAUCACUUCUGUAUGAAGCGUGCUGAACAAAGAGUUCUGUGGAGAACUAGGUUUGUACAUAGUGUAUAAUUUAUGUUAUAAAUAUGUUCAACUAAAUAUCAGUUUGUAAAAUUGCAGUCUUAUGUACAGAGAAAUUUUGUUAAUUCAAAGAUAUAAAUCAUCAUUGCUUGAGCUCAUCAGGUGAUAUUUUAUUUUGUAUUACUCUGCAGCAUGAAUGUUUUGUCUGCUUUUGUUUGGAAAAUGUUCUGUUUUCACUGAUAUUGCCAUAAAUCCUGUAUCUUCAAUGAAGUUACACAAUCACUGGA